AUGCCCUCCAACUUUCUGCGUCAGGCAUCACCAUUCACAACCUCACUUCCGCUGUUCCCAUUCAUCAAUCCUCCCCAGGAAACAUUGGAUAUGUCCAUAUCACCCUGGAGUACUUCCUGGUGUGAAAGUAUACCCAUAGGGACUUCACAUACCAAAUUCGAAUUUCUAUCCAAAUUUACGACCACCUUUGGAAUCGCCAAUUCUUUCAGCUGUGGAAGUCUCCGUCAGCGGCGUCAAGUCGCAGCCAUAGAAGGUCUUGAUGCCGAGGGUACCUCUGAUACUGACGAUGUGCUACAAGGCAAUUGGAGCUGGGAAUUUUCAUUAAGAGCCGAUUUGCCGCAUUUUCCAACGGAGCCAAAGUCAUCACUUUCCGGGCUACAUGAAUGGGCAAGGGAUCCGCUUGUCUUCAAAACACAGGAAAUCGUUGAUGGACUCAAGGAGACUAUCCAACAAAAAUCGAGAAAGAGUCCUAUAACCAUUACAUGGUCGAAGUUGAUUGAAACCACUUGUCUCCAAUCUUUCAAUCCGGCCAAUCUUCGCAAAUUCCUUCGCAUUUUCUGGUGUUUAUGGUAUCCUAACUGUCCAAUCAUUCAUAAGCCUUCAUUUGAUCCAAAAGACGCAUCUGCUUGUCUCCUGGUAUCUAUGGCAAUCAUUGGAAGUUGUCUCUCUCCAGAUGAGCGAGAUAAUGAAAUGGCAAAAGGGUGGUUCGAUGCAGUCGAGGAAAUGGUUUUCGAUGAUGAUUGGCUUGACGAAGAUUUAGGGGUAGCGACACCUUUUCAAGACGUCACAGCUGAAUCGCAGCGUUUGCAAUCCCUUCAGGCAGCCUAUUUCGUGUGUCUUUAUCAAAAUUGGGAAGGUUCAGAUUCCAGCAAAGCCCGGAUCAGGCGUCAUCGCUAUAAUACCUUGAUUGCGGUUGCCCGAAGCCUUCAACGGACUUCUGCCACUCACCAAGACUUCUCACUCUUAAAUGAUGAAAGUAUGUUCGAAUGGGCGAGAUUUAUUGGAAUGGAAACCAAGAUUCGGUUCGUCAUUCGUGCCUGCUUCUCAUGGUAA